UGCUGCUUGGGGUCGGGGACCAACCUCUAGAGGGCAACAGCUGCAUUGGCGCUGCCACGUCUACGUGCAGAAGAAGACAGUUUUUUGACGUCAACGCGUAUGAGCAUGCCUUCCACGCCCGAACAUAAACAAAGGCAGGACGUUGCGCUGCAAUAAACUCUACUCUCCUGGUAUUUUAUAUGCUAACAGUACCGACAAAUUGGAGAGCGACUUAUUUUUGGAGCCAUGGAAAAGGCAUUAUUGAUGCGAGUGAGUGUAUUUACCGACCAAGGAGGCAGGAAAUACAUGGAAGAUGUGACCGAGGUCAUAGUAGAGCCCGAGCCGGGAGAAGAUGAGCCGACCUCGGGUGAGCCAGAAGAGAGCAGUGGGGGAGACUGCACGGUCAGUUAUCUGGCUGCGGACACGCAUCCAGACCGGACUGGUGAAACCGCCGUGUCCCCACAGGUUUCAGAUGCAUCAUGUGAAUCUGUGCAAACGGAAGACCAAAGUAUUUUAGUGGACACAUCUUUAUCGGGAGGUCAGAGCCCGCCGCGAGUUCAGGAGAGCUAUGCGAGUCCUUCCCGCCGUUCCGUAGCGUUCUUCGCUGUAUUUGACGGGCACGGAGGUCGCGAGGCUGCGCAGUUUGCACGAGACUAUUUGUGGGAGUUCAUGAAAAAGCAGCGGGGGUUCUGGUCGGACUGUGACCGGGAGGUCUGCUCUGCCAUACGCAAAGGAUUUGUAGCCUGCCACCACGCUAUGUGGAAAAAGCUACCUGAAUGGCCAAAGACACUCACAGGCCUUCCUAGCACAUCGGGCACCACAGCCAGUGUAGUUUUCAUACGAGGAAAUCGCAUGUAUGUGGCCCACGUUGGGGACUCGGCAGUGGUUCUAGGGAUCCAGGAUGACCCCUCCGUCCCAUUCAUCAGAGCUGUGGAAGUCACACAAGACCACAAACCUGAACUACCCAGAGAGAGGGAGCGUAUUGAAGGUCUGGGAGGGAGUGUUAUCAAGAAGUCUGGAGUGAACCGGGUGGUCUGGAAGAGGCCAAGGCUGAGUCACAACGGCCCAGUCCGUCGAAGCACUGUCAUUGACCAGAUACCAUUCUUGGCAGUAGCCCGAGCUCUAGGUGAUCUGUGGAGCUAUGACUUCUACAGCGGAGAGUUUGUGGUUUCUCCAGAGCCAGACACUAGUGUGGUGAUCCUUGAUCCCAGAAAACACCGCUACAUCAUCCUGGGCAGCGACGGUCUGUGGAACAUGGUGCCACCUCAAGAGGCUAUCUCCAUGUGUCAGAACAACAAUGAGGCAAUGGCACCAUGUGGGGUAUCGAGUGCCCGGCAGCUUGUCAGCCAUGCUCUGCUGCGGUGGCGCCAGCGCAUGUUGCGUGCUGACAACACCAGCGCCAUUGUAAUCGCCCUGCAGGAGCCUGGGACCUCCCAGGACACGCUGCACCUUGAGGAGGUGCUGCUGGACCUAGCCAAGGUGUCCCAGUGUCCUCCUACCUCCAUAUCCCGCGCUGACACGCCUCUCCUUCAGCGGCCUCAAGAGGAAGACUCUCUCUCGGCCAUGUGCGAGCUCCUCCCUGCCUUGGAGCGACGGGACGGCCUAUCAGGAAGCAACAGCCUGUACCACAUGACUUUGUCUGACGCGUUCACCUUGACUCCACUGGGUCCUAACAGUAGUGCUGAGUUGCCCAGUCAGUCCAGUCCCACUGACAGGACAACUGGCAGCAGGACACCCAACAGCAAAAGAACUAUUGGCGGCUCAUCAUCCGGCCUGUCGGCCAAGAAGGCCAGACGCAGGACUGCCGACAGGCUGCCGCUGGUCCAACACAACGCAGAGAAAAAACAGAAGGAUUCCAAUAACGUCUCCCCUAUUCUCCAGAAGCAUAACAAGCCCACAGUGUGUGUGUGCUGAAACACACACACACAUCAACCAGUGGCAUUUCUGUUCCUUAUGUUUGUCCUGCACAUUCUCUCAGUGCAAACCAACCUUACCGUAGAGCAGGGGUCACCAACACGGUGCCCGCGGGCACCAGGUAGCCCCCAAGGACCACAUGAGUAGCCCU